GGAUUUGUGAUUUGUUGAGGAACGGGAUUCGUGGACUAAUUUUAUUAAAAUUAACUAAAAGAUAAAGUUGUUCUUUACUCAUACAUAGCCAUGGUUGUUUUAGAAGGCGAAGCAGGUGAUGCUAAACCAAUGUCAUCUGAAGAGACUGAUAAAGAAGAGACCAAAACCUCAUCACCACUAAGUUUAGAAAUCUUCCGCAUCACAAAGGAUGCGCAGCAGCAGCACGGUCUACGUCAUGGGGACUACCAGCGAUACCGUGGCUAUUGCUCUCGUCGUAUUCGACGAUUGCGUAAAGUGCUCAAAAUUCCCCAGGGCGACAGGCGCCACUACCGCCGGCGGGACGUGACGACCACCCACUUAUCUGCGUCGGGCGCCGAGAACCGUCUGCUCUGCGUGCCGCUACUGCAGGCCGAGCGCGCGUGGGCGCACGCCAUGCAGCUGCGGCAGGAGGCCAACACGGAGCCCCGCAAGAAGUUCCACCUCGUCUCGCGGCUCAAGAAGGCCGUGGCUCAUGCGCAGACCUUGCUGCAGCUUUGCGAGCAAAGCGGCGUGUGUGACGCGCGCACGCAGCUUGAAGCCGGCGCGUACGCAGCGUGGCUGGGCGGCGUGCUGCUGGUCGAGCUGCAGCAGUGGCGCGCGGCCGCCGAGAGCCUGCAGCGCGCCAGCCUCGUGCUGGACAAGCUGUGCGCCGCGCUGCCCAUCGACGAGCGCCACGUGUACCGGCAGAAGUCGGAAGAGCUGAAGCCCAGCCUCCGGUACUGCGCGUACAACAUCGGCGACGAGUCGGCGGCCGGCGACCUUGUGGCCAUGCGAAGCCAAGGGCUCAUCGACAACCUGGAUUCGCUCAUGGCUCAAGCUAAGGAGUCGCGUUCCGGCGUAAUGCAUGAGGUAGAAUGGCGCGGGCGCCGCGUGACCGUCCGCCCGGAGAAGGCUCGCCUGUUCCUCAUCGCGCUGCAGGACUUCGACCGCUCCGCCGCCGCCGCGCCCACAGUCGAGGCUCGUAUCGAAGUGCUUGAAAACUGUCUUAUGGACGCUAAGGACGCCAUCUCCGCCAUCAAGGACGAGAUCAAAAACGACCCGAAGCUGAAGACGGCGUCUGCCGAGGAGCCGCAGCUGUCCGGCAUCAACUAUCUGCUGUCGUACCUGAUGUAUCUGCGUCUCAUGCGUACCAUUGAGAGGAACAACUUGCUCGUGCAACAAGCCGAGGACGCGCGCCGUGGCGGCGUGCAGCUGGACGGGAAAAAGGUGAGGCCGCACGACCUGACUCGCCUGCACGAGAUCAUCCUCCAGAACUACUCUGAGCUCCAACAACUGCCUGGCUUCGAGACCGACGCCGCCUACCAGAAGGAGAUCGAAAUCCAGAUGCAAGCGCACCGCGCUUUCCGCUGCUACUACAUCGCCCAGGUGUUAACCGGCCUACGCCGCUUCCGCGAAGCGCUUGCUAUGCUUGAGAGAAGCGACAACUACGCUGCGGAUUCACUGGCGAGCAAACUCGUCGAGAAACAACUGAAGGAUAAGCUGCAAGUGCUCAAGAAAGAGAUAGAAAGCUGCAAAUUUGAAGUGCAUGCCGAUUCCGUUCUGGAAGACGACGAUGAGCAGGAUGAGGAUAGUAAAUACUCCUCUAGCAAGUAUAAAGAGAAGAAGCCUCUCGUGGAGCGUUUGGACGAGUAUCGCGAGGAUACACAGGUUCUGACCAAGAAUCCGAACGUGUUCAAAUUGCCGCCGCCGAUGGAAGCCAUUCCUUGCAAACCUUUGUUCUUCGACUUGGCUUGCAACUUCGUGGAAUUCCCGAACCUGGAUGAUAAGACCGGCGCCGACGGCAAGAAGCAAGGCGCAGGCCUCACGGGCCUCGUCAAAGGGUUUCUGGGAUGGGGUAAAAGUGACAAGUGAAUUUUUAUAUUGUACAUAGCUGGAACUUUUUACUGCAAUCGAAUAGUUAUUUUAUCGGGGGAUACGUUGCGAUGCGAUCAUUUACUGUUUGUUUGCGGAUUUAAAGAUUCAAAUAUAUCUAUCUAUAUACACAG